GGGAGGCGUAGCCGGGCGCGUCGGAGCCGCUUCCUGGGCGCGGGCGGCGCGGGCUCCCAGGAGCGCGCGGAGCGGGGAGGGCGCACCUGGGGAGGCCGCGCGGGCGACAUGGAGGACGGCGUGCUCAAGGAAGGCUUCCUGGUCAAGAGGGGCCACAUUGUCCACAACUGGAAGGCGCGGUGGUUCAUCCUUCGGCAGAACACUCUGGUGUACUACAAGCUUGAAGGGGGUCGGAAGGUGACCCCUCCCAAGGGCCGCAUCCUCCUGGAUGGCUGUACGAUCACCUGCCCCUGCCUAGAGUAUGAAAACAGACCGCUCCUCAUUAAGCUGAAGACGCGAACAUCCACAGAAUACUUCCUGGAGGCCAGCUCUCGAGAGGAGAGGGACGCCUGGGCCUUUGAGAUAACAGGAGCUAUUCACGCAGGGCAGCCAGGGAAGGUUCAGCAACUCCACGUAUUGAAAAACUCCUUCAAGCUGCCCCCUCACAUCAGCCUGCAUCGCAUCGUGGACAAGAUGCAUGACAGUAGCAGUGGAAUCCGCUCCAGCCCCAACAUGGAGCAGGGAAGCACCUAUAAAAAGACCUUCCUAGGCUCCUCCCUGGUGGACUGGCUCAUCUCCAACAGCUUCGCAGCCAGCCGUCUGGAGGCGGUGACUCUGGCCUCCAUGCUCAUGGAAGAGAACUUCCUCAGGCCCGUGGGUGUCCGAAGCAUGGGAGCCAUUCGCUCUGGGGAUCUGGCGGAACAGUUUCUGGAUGACUCCACGGCCCUAUACACUUUUGCUGAGAGCUUUAAGAAGAAGAUGAGUCCCAAGGAAGAAAUCAGUCUCAGCACUAUGGAGCUAAGCGGCAUGGUGGUCAAACAAGGCUAUCUGGCCAAGCAGGGGCAUAAGAGGAAGAACUGGAAGGUGCGCCGCUUUGUUCUGAGAAAGGACCCAGCUUUCCUGCAUUACUACGACCCUUCCAAGGAAGAGAACAGGCCAGUGGGUGGGUUUUCUCUUCGUGGUUCUCUCGUGUCUGCUUUGGAGGAUAAUGGCGUUCCCACUGGGGUCAAAGGGAAUGUCCAGGGAAAUCUCUUCAAAGUGAUUACUAAGGAUGACAAGCACUACUACAUCCAGGCCAGCAGCAAGGCUGAGCGAGCUGAGUGGAUUGAAGCUAUAAAAAAGUUAACAUGACAAGGACCUGGAGGAACCAGACCAGGAUUCCCUCCUACCAGGUGAUAACAGACAGGACUUCCUGAAAAAAUGGGAGUGUUCUAAGAUUUGUCUUUGUACAUUUUGUACUGCUUUGGAAUGAGACAGUUGAAGAAUUCCUCAGAUUACAAACGGCAGCGGUGCCAUUUCCUUCCCCAUCUUCAUGUUACCAACCUGGAGAGACUAGAACAGCCAUUGAGCAUCUUGAUGUCUGCACAUCAUCAAAAACAGCCAUUUUCUUGAGCACCAAAGUAGGUUCCCUUUGUUGGAACUCUUAACACCGGCCAUACUGUAAUAUUCAGUGAAACUCUAUUUUCAUGUGGCUUUCUCUGAAAGAGUAUCAACUUUGAACUGCUUUGUAACUAAUAAAAAUUGACAUUUGUUUGUGUCAACUUUGAA